AUGGCAGAAGAAGAUAAGUCCAAGAAGCUACAAGAGUUGUUAGAACUACUAUCUCUCAAUGAUGGUGAUACAACGAAAUUGACUCAGCAACAGCGGAAGACUUUUGAAGAAUACAAGUUCUGGAAGACACAGCCGGUGACAAAAUUUGGGGAGUCAAUUGAAGAAGAAGGGCCAAUCAAGUUGGGAAUGAAACCCGACGAUGUAAGGAAUGAUCCCUAUCCACUGCUUGAUGACUUUGAAUGGUGUACAUUGGAUAUAACUAAUUCUCAAGAUCUUGAAGAUGUAUUCGUUUUAUUGAACGAAAAUUACAUUGAGGAUAAAGAUUCUACUUUUAGAUUCAAUUACACUCGAGAAUUCUUUAAUUGGGCUCUGAAGCCACCUGGAUGGCAAAUGGAUUGGCAUGUAGGCGUUCGUGUUCGUCAAUCAGGCAGAUUGGUCGCUUUUAUCAGCGCUAUUCCAACCACUCUUGAAAUAAGAAAGAAAAGGGUUCCUAGUGUUGAAAUUAACUUCCUUUGUGUUCACAAAAAGUUGAGAUCGAAACGUUUAGCACCUAUAUUGAUUAAAGAAAUCACCAGACGGGUGAAUAAACGCGAUAUCUGGCAAGCUUUGUACUCCGCAGGUAUUAUGUUGCCAUCUCCAGUUUCGACUUGCCGGUAUACCCAUAGGCCAUUAAACUGGUCAAAAUUAUUUGACGUGGGCUUUACUGCAUUGCCUUCCAAUGCCACUAAAUCAGAAAUGCUAGCGAAGUAUACCCUACCAAAGAAAACCUUGAUCCCUGGUCUCAGACCAAUGACUGUCGAUGAUCUCGAUUCAGCUCAUGAAUUGUUCAAUAAGUAUCAAUCACGGUUUGAUCUGGUUCAAUCUUUUGACAAAGAAGAAUUCAAGCAUUGGUUCAUCGGCAAUGCCGAGUCUCCUGGUGUUAUUUAUAGUUACGUUGUUGAAAAUGAAGUGGGCGAAAUCACAGAUUUCGUAUCUUUCUAUUCUUUACCAUUUAGCAUCUUGAAUAACCCGCUGCACAAACAUUUGGGAAUCGGUUACCUAUUCUACUACGCAUCCGAUGCAGAUUUCACCUAUGAGGAUAGAUUUAAUCUCGAAGGAACUAGCCUGUUGCGGAAGAGGUUGAAUCAAUUGGUAAAUGAUGUUUGUAUCUUGGCUCGCAACUUGAAAAUGGAUGUGUUCAACGCCUUAACCUCUCAAGACAACACCUUGUUUUUGACAGAUCUAAAAUUUGGUCCCGGUGACGGAUUUUUGAAUUUUUACCUGUUUAACUACAAAGCCAAACAAAUUACUGGCGGACUCACUGACGAUAAAAAGUUAGAUGUCACGAAUCGUAGCAAUGUGGGUGUCGUCAUGUUAUGA